AUGGCUGCUUGGGAACAGACGUCACCAAUGAUCAAGUUCGAAGAUUCGCCUGCCGAGUCUUUUGUUUCGACUCCGGGCGAGCUCUAUCCAUCCCUCUUCGGCGACGCCGCACCCUUGGCCGCCGAUGAUACCACCGUCAACCCCUCCGAUAUGUUAACGCCUCCGCCCUUCACCGAGGACAACCCUGUCUCAACCCCGGACACCGACUCUCCUUCGACCGAGAAGAAGCCCGUGAAGAAGAGGAAAUCCUGGGGUCAAGUUCUCCCGGAGCCCAAGACAAACCUCCCACCAAGGAAAAGAGCGAAGACGGAAGAUGAGAAAGAGCAGCGUCGAGUCGAGCGCGUCCUCCGUAACCGCCGAGCCGCUCAGUCUUCUAGGGAGCGCAAGCGUUUAGAGGUCGAGGCUCUCGAGAGGCGGAACAAGGAGCUCGAGGCAGCCCUUUCAAACGUCACCAAGGCGAACCAGCUCCUGGUCGAAGAGCUGAACAAAUUUCGCCGUGACUCUGGCAUGCUGACUCGGUCAUCAUCGCCUCUCGAUCCUCUCCGAUCCAACACUGUCACCUUAUCACCAGAGCUUUUUGGCUCUCAUGAUGGACACCGUCCCUCUGUCGAUGAGACGAAGAAUCUCGUCGAUGAUUUGAUGACUACGUCUCAUAGCAAUCCGACCGUCAACCCCGCGUCGCUAUCCCCCGAGCUUUCGCCAAUCGCAGAAGAUGACGAGGCAGAUGCCGAGGACAACGAAGUGGCCGAGACCAACGUGAAGUCCUCCGACUUGACACAACUCGGAGGAUCUUCCGCAAUCAUGGCUGGCCUCUCAAACCCCUCUGCAUCCGACCUUGGUCUUCUUUCUGCAGCUUCAGAUGCUGUCAAUCACAUCAUCGGUGAUUCUUUCAGUCUGUCGGCGGCCCUUGACACAGAUCGCUAUGUCCUUGAAAGCGGGCUUCUCUCUUCCCCCAACUCCCUUGAUUAUGAACACGAUUAUCUGGCUGGUGACUCUACCGCCUUCCUCCAGGACCCAUUCGACAUCAGUGAAUUCCUCAACGACGAGGUCAACGGCAGUGUCUCAGACACGAACGCGGUUAUCGGCACAGCCGUCGCAGCGGACCCGGACUACGGCCGCGACUCUACCAACGCUGAGACUCAAGUCUCUUCAGAGAAUCCUAACCUGCAGCCCCACUCUGGCGCGUCCACUUAUGGAUGCGACGAUGGAGGCAUUGCGGUUGGUAUCUGA